AAAAGCUGGAAGUGUUUUCCAUUUCAUCAAAGAACAUAUAUUACUUUAGCGGUUCGGUAAUAAAAAAAAAAAAUUGUUGGUUUUCUGCCCACCCCCCUUUCAAUCUGCCCGUGUCUGAGGUGCUGGGGACGACGCACAAUCGUGAGCAGCUUACGACACUCAGUGAGCAGUAGGCGCCGGUGCAAGCUCGCCCCGCUGCACACUGCCUGCCGGGCGGAGGGAAGGAGCGGGGCGCCUCUCGCUGCUGCUCCCCACAGCAUGAACGAGCCGGCUCUCCGCAUCUGCCCGGGGCGCGAAUGGCAGGCGGUCUCCGUGGAGGAAAAGGUGGCGCCGCCGGUCACUGGUUUUUUCCAAUGACGGACAUUAACCAGACUGUCAAAUCCUGGGGAGUCGUGAGCCCCGAGUUUUUUGGAGUGUUGUUGUGUGUGGUGUUUUUUUUUUUUUUUUCCACCCCACCACGUCACAGUCCGAACUGCAGAGGAAGAGGACGGAGGCAGGAAGGCGAAGCCCGGGCUCCGGCACGUAGUUGGGGAAACUUGCGGGUCCUAGAAGUCGCCUCCCAACCUCGCCCCGCCGCCCUUGCAGCCCGGAGCCGAGCAGCAAAGUGAGACAUUGUGCGGGUGCCAGAUCCGCCGGCCGCGGACCCGGGCUGCCGCGGGAACACAGAGGGUCUUCUCUCGCCCUGCAUAUAAUUAGCCUGCACACAAAGGGAGCAACUGAAUGGAGGUUGUCACUCUCUGGAAAAGGGUGGAUUUCUGACCGAGCGCUUUCAAUGGACAUUCUCCAAUCUCUCUGGAAAGAUUCUCGCUAAUGGAUUUCCUGCUGCUCGGUCUCUGUCUAUACUGGCUGCUGAGGAGGCCCUCGGGGGUGGUCUUGUGUCUACUGGGGGCCUGCUUUCAGAUGCUGCCCGCCGCCCCCAGCGGGUGUCCGCAGCUGUGCCGGUGCGAGGGGCGGCUGCUGUACUGCGAGGCGCUCAACCUCACCGAGGCGCCCCACAACCUGUCCGGCUUGCUGGGCUUGUCCCUGCGCUACAACAGCCUCUCGGAGCUGCGCGCCGGCCAGUUCACGGGGUUAAUGCAGCUCACGUGGCUCUAUCUGGAUCACAAUCACAUCUGCUCGGUGCAAGGGGACGCCUUUCAGAAACUGCGCCGAGUUAAGGAACUCACGCUGAGUUCCAACCAGAUCACCCAACUGGCCAACACCACCUUCCGGCCCAUGCCCAACCUGCGCAGCGUGGAUCUCUCCUACAACAAACUGCAGGCGCUCGCGCCCGACCUCUUCCACGGCCUGCGGAAGCUCACCACGCUGCACAUGCGAUCCAACGCCAUCCAGUUCGUGCCCGUGCGCAUCUUCCAGGACUGCCGCAGCCUCAAGUUUCUCGACAUAGGAUACAAUCAGCUCAAGAGCCUGGCGCGCAACUCCUUCGCUGGCUUGUUCAAGCUCACCGAGCUACACCUGGAGCACAACGACUUAGUCAAGGUGAACUUCGCCCACUUCCCGCGUCUCAUCUCCCUGCACUCGCUCUGUCUGAGGAGGAAUAAGGUGGCCAUUGUGGUCAGCUCCCUGGACUGGGUUUGGAACCUGGAAAAAAUGGACCUGUCCGGCAACGAGAUCGAGUACAUGGAGCCCCAUGUGUUCGAGACCGUGCCGCACCUGCAGUCCUUGCAGCUGGACUCCAACCGCCUCACCUACGUCGAGCCUCGGAUCCUCAACUCCUGGAAGUCCCUGACGAGCAUCACCCUGACCGGGAACCUGUGGGACUGCGGGCGCAACGUGUGUGCCCUCGCCUCCUGGCUCAACAACUUCCAGGGGCGCUAUGACGGCAACUUGCAGUGCGCCAGCCCCGAGUACGCCCAGGGCGAGGACGUCCUGGACGCCGUGUAUGCUUUCCACCUGUGCGAGGACGGGGCCGAACCCACCAGCGGCCACCUCCUCUCGGCUGUCACCAACCGCAGUGACCUGGGAGGCCCGGACAGCUCCACCACCCCGCUCCUGGACGGCGGGGAGGGGCUGCGCGAGGGCACCCUGGAGCCCGCCACGGUGGCUCUGCCCGGCGCUGAGCACGCGGAGAACGCCGUGCAGAUCCACAAAGUGGUCACGGGCACCAUGGCCCUCAUCUUCUCCUUCCUCAUCGUGGUCCUGGUGCUCUACGUGUCCUGGAAGUGUUUCCCAGCCAGCCUCAGGCAGCUCAGACAGUGCUUUGUCACGCAGCGCAGGAAGCAAAAGCAGAAACAGACCAUGCAUCAGAUGGCUGCCAUGUCGGCCCAGGAAUACUACGUUGAUUACAAACCCAACCACAUUGAGGGAGCCCUGGUGAUCAUCAACGAGUAUGGCUCGUGUACCUGCCACCAGCAGCCCGCGAGAGAAUGCGAGGUGUGAUUGUCCCCAGUGGCUCCCCAACCCAUGCGCUACCAAAUACGCCUGGGCAGCCGGGCGGGCCGGCGGGCACCAGGCUGGAAUCUCCUUGUCUGUGCUCUGAUUUGCUCCUUGACUGAAACUGUACGGGGAUCUCUCCCAGAGACUUGACAUUUUAGCUUUACGUGUCUUAAAAACAAAACAAAAACAAAAACGAAGUAAAACACAACAAAAAACCCACCCCACAACCUUCAGGACAGUCUAUCUUAAAUUUCAUAUGACAACUCCUUUCUCCCUUUGAAGAUCUGUCCAUAUUCAGGAAUCUGAGAGUGUAAAAAGGUACCAAUCAUUGAUUUUUUUUUGUUUUGUAAACUAAAACGUUUAAAAUAAAAUAGCAUUUACAGUU